AUUUCUAUACUUUAAGGAAGGAUGUAGAGACCGUCUUCGAGCGUGUUGAAGAGAUUAGAGCUGCUGCUGGUCUGAAGCAACUUCAACAUGAUCUUGCAGCUUUAGAAGCAGCAGCAGCUGAUAGCUCUCUCUGGGAUAAUCGUGCUAAAGCUCAGGAAACACUUCAAGCUUUAACUGAUUACAAAGACAAAUUAAAGCUUCUCCAUGACUUCAAGACACAGGCUGAUGAUGCAGAAACAAUUAUUAAGCUCACUGAGGAGAUGGACUCUAUUGACUCAGGGCUUCUUCAGGAGGCUGCUGGUAUCAUAAAGGAAUUGAACAAGGCACUGGAUCGUUAUGAGUUGACUCAACUUCUUUCAGGCCCCUAUGAUAAAGAAGCAGCUGUGGUUACUAUCACAGCUGGUGCAGGGGGCACUGAUGCACAGGAUUGGGCUGAUAUGCUUCUCAGGAUGUAUGUGAGAUGGGGAGAAAAGCAGCGGUAUAAGACGAAAGUUGUUGAGAAGUCUAUGGGAGAAGAAGCUGGGAUCAAGUCAGCCACUAUUGAAAUUGAAGGACGGUAUGCAUAUGGUUACUUGUCAGGGGAGAAAGGAACUCACAGGAUUGUUCGACAGUCUCCUUUCAACUCUAAAGGCCUUCGUCAGACAAGCUUCUCAGGUGUUGAGAUUAUGCCUCUUCUUCCUGAAGACUCAUUGGAUGUUGAAAUUCCUGAAGAAGACUUGGAUAUCAGCUUUACAAGAGCAGGUGGAAAAGGAGGUCAAAAUGUUAACAAGGUUGAGACUGCAGUUCGCAUCACUCAUAUUCCCACUGGUGUAGCUGUUCGCUGUACAGAGGAGAGGUCACAGCUAGCAAAUAAGAUCAAAGCGCUAAGCCGAUUGAAGGCUAAACUGUUGGUGAUUGCUGAGGAGCAAAGGGCAUCUGAAAUAAAGCAAAUAAGAGGAGAUGCAGUGAAGGCUGAAUGGGGACAGCAAAUAAGAAACUAUGUGUUUCAUCCUUACAAGCUAGUGAAAGAUGUAAGGACUGGUUAUGAAACUUCUGACAUCACUUCUGUGAUGGAUGGUGACUUAGAUCCUUUUAUUAAGUCCUACCUUAAGCACAAGUACAGUUUGGCAGCAAACACUAGUGUAGUUAGUUGAUUUUGUUGUACAUUAAAUACACUAUGUAAAAGAAAAGUUGGAAAGAAAAUUCUGUAAAAUAAAACUAGCUAGGCUCCAAACGCAACAUGAUCUUUUAUUUUAUUUUUUUCCAUUUUGGUUUCAAAAGAAGAUUCUUUAUGUUAUUAUAGCUUA